ACCCACCCACACCCCUGGUUCACCACGCUCUCCAGCUGCACACUCCCGUAAUCCGGGUCCAGGCACACCGUCUUCGUCCCCUUGACCACCACAUGGCGUUGGUCCGUCGCGCAUCUGGGGCACAGGUAGGUGUUGUAAGCGGGGACGUAGAAGGCGGAUGGGGCCGUGAGUGUGGGCGGGAGGGCGGAGCAGAUGACGCAGCGGCGGGCGAGGUAGGUGAAGAGGAGGCGGUAGGGGGCCCCGGUGGGUUUGUCGAGUGCGGGUGGGGGGGUGGUGUGGUCGUCGUAGCCGGUUAUGUAUGGCGGGGGGCUGAAGGGGAGGGGUUGGAGGGACGGGUGGGUGGUGAAGUAGGCGCUGGUUGUGGACCGCCAUUUUUGGCGUGGGUAGGUUGAGUAAAACAGGUGAUGCCAGAAGGCUGCGUCGGUGGAUGAUGUUAGGCGGUGGAAGCUUUUACAGACCAGUGGCAAGACAUCGAGUGCCAUGUUGGUCGGAUGAUAUUGCUCGAAGAGAGGAAGCGAGUACGACGGGCUGAACAGCGCAGGCUCAUUGGCAUACCAGGAAUCAUUAUCAUAGUCGAUAUUCUCCGGGUUGUCCCAGUCCGGGCAGCUAUCAGACUCAUCGUAGUCGGAGUAGUACUCGGGGUCUUCUGGGUCAUUUUCGUGGUCCUCCGGAUUCGACUCGCUUUCGAUAUCAUCUUCGCUCUCUUCGUCUCCGUUCCCGGCGUCGGACUUGGCCCUGUCGGCCUCUUGUCGUUGACGUGCGGCUUCCUCCUUUUGCCGUUCGGCUUCCCGUGCGCGUACUUCCGCAUGAGUGCACGGGAAGUUCCCCGACGUCUUCUCUCCUACGGGACCCCAGAACGGGAUCCUGAACGGCUCCCCGCCCAGAUGCAGGUUCGCGUUGACCAACCGAUACCGCCCAUCAUGCGUCGCAGCGAGGACCAAGAUGUACUGCAAGAUCUCAUCCGGCAACGCCAACAUCCUCGCCGCCCCACUCCCACCCUCCACCCUCGCCCGCCUCUCCUCCCUAAUCCUCCUCCUAUUCUCCCACACCCUCCUCAACAUCUCCCCCUCCACCCUCCGCUUCUCAUCAACCAUCCCCUGCAACAUCCCCGUCCACACCUCCACCAUCCCCCUCAACUCCCCCUCGUCGCUGACAUCAUGGUACGUCCGCGGCAUGAACCACACGCUCGGGGUCGGCCACAGCGCCGCAAAAUGCGUCGGCAGCGGGUCCCAGCAGUCCAGAUGGAAAUGCACGCCGCUCCCCGCCGCUCCACAUGCGGAUGCCCAGUCCGGUGUGCCGCGCGCCUCGCGGAUGAUGUAGCGGCGGGCCACGGGAUCCGUGGGGCGGACGCGCCAGCGGGAGAUGAGCGGUGAGGAGCAUUUGUGGCAGUACAGGAACGAGUCUUCCGAGGGGUCGCAGUGCCAGUGGGUGAGGAUCGAGGGCGUGCUGUGCGGGUUGCGCGGGGGGAGGUCGGGAUGGGUGGGGGGGAUGGGGAUGUCGUCGUCGGAGCCGGAGGAGGGGUGGGCGUGCGACCCGUCGUCGGAGUAGCCGUCGCCUUCGUAGGGGAUGGGACCAUGAAACUCGGACAUGCUUUUUGGGUGAGGUCUGCUGGUGGUCUGGAUGCUGCUUCUGCUCUUUUGAAGGUUUCGGCUGCUCAGCAUCGUAAUACGCGUACGGCGACGACGGACAGUGUCGGUGGGUUUCGACAGCUUUCCAAGCCUUCUCCUUCUGC